AUGGAGGGCAGAAAGUGGAGUGGCGGCAACGCGUCUGGCAACUCGAGUGACUCGCCGUGGUGGCCCGACUACGAGGAAAGCGAGCAGUACAUUUUCCAUCGCAACGACGUCUUCUACAGCUUCCUCACCGCCUACUUGCUGGUCGCCGUUCUCGCGGUCUUUGGCAACUUUCUGGUGAUCAUGGUGGUGCAGUGCGACAGGCAAGUCGAGUCGAAAACCAACUUCCUGCUCGGCCAAUUGGCGGUGGCCGACCUCUGCGUAGGCGUCUUUUGUGUCAUGCAGAGCUUCAUGGCCUACCUCAGCAACUGGUCGCUGGGCUUGUUCAUGUGUCAAAUGUAUCUGUACGUGCAGGCGUUGAGCUACGUCGCCUCCGUGCUCAUCAUGGUGGCCGUUUGCGUCGAGCGAUACGUCGCCAUCAUGCAACCCUUCCACACCCGCAGCGUCUUCACCACCGCACGCCUCAGGCUGAUCGUGGUGCUGGUGUGGCUGGUGAGCGCGGCGUACGCGUCGCCGCGGCUCUUCUUCGCCAGGGUGACCAGCCAGGAGCUGCCCAACGACGAGACGGACACCUUCUGCCACUUAGACACGUCCCGUUACGACCCUGAGAUCUUCGACACGGCCAACCUGAUCUUCCUCUACGUCAUCCCGCUGCUCGUGAUGGCCGUCAUGUAUUCGCGCAUGUGCGUCGAGCUGUGGCAGAGCGGCAGGCAGAUCCCGGGCGCCGUCCACGCCGGACGCGUCCCGUGCCAUCCUAGCUCCGCCCCCGUCCCUGACGCACCUUCAGCCCUGACGACGACGAGUCUGCUGCACCUGGUGUCGGAGCCUGGCGAGCACACGGCGCUGCAGUCGUGCUUGAGCAUCGCAGACAACCAGAGUGUGGCCAGCGAGAUCGUUCAGGGCGGCCCGCGGAGUCCGCUGCCCAGCCCGCAGCCCCCGCUGCAGAGGAUGAGUUCGCUGCCGCCGCUCAGGGAGACCAGGGACCCCCUGCGGCCCUGCAACUCGCCCAGACCGAAGAGGAAGCAGCGCAAAAUGUGGCGCCGCUUCUUCCACAAACGCUCCCAAAGCACAAGGAGCAACGACCUGGACGUGGGGCCACUUGGGGCGCGGCGCAGGGUGGUGUACAUGUUGAUUUUGGUGGUUUUGUCCUUCCUGCUGUGCAACCUUCCGUACCACGCGCGCAAGAUGUGGCAGGUGCGUCUGUUGAGCGCCGAGAACAUGGUUUACUACCAGCUCUUCACGCCCUGCACCUUCCUCAUCAUGUACUUCAACUCGGCACUCAACCCCAUCCUCUACGCCACCAUGUCGCUCAGUUUCAGGCGAGCGAUGCGUCGCAGACUGCGUCUGAUGUGCCGCGGCGGCGUGGAGGUGUGUCGUCGGAGCCGGCGGCGCCGCCAAGGCUCACCGACGCUUUUGGUGCGCGGCGCCGGGAAGGCGGGCUCGACGUCGACGCGUUCGUCGAUGCGCGCCAACAACGCGGUGCAUCAGCAGGUGCAGCAGCAGUCGCUGGUGGCGGCGUGCAGCAAUGGCGGCGGCGGCGGCGGCGGCGGCCAAUCGCAGCAGCCCGAGACGGGCGUGUGAUGCUCGGCGCGCGUGGACGGGCGCAGGAAACGCGUCACCUUCGUCGUGGCGUCGGCCGCCACCCAGGGCCACUCGAUCUGAUCGCGAAACAAAGACGUUCUCGAAACUUGUCCGUUCGUACCUGACGCGGGGGAGAGGGCAGAGGGGAAAACACACGCUACGCAACGGCGCACGCAAACGCAACGCUCACCACGCGACGCUGCGUGCGCAUACUCAGGCUGGAUGACAUGUGCCUCUUUUGAACCUUGCCACGCCAUUUGAAUAAGGCGUCUCUUGGUUUUUAAGUUUCCAACUGAUGGCGCCACCGAUUUAACCUUUUUUUGUGAAUUAUUGGUCGAAAAUUUUUAAAGAGCGUCUUUGAAGGAGAUUCUGAGCCCACCAAUCGAUUCCUCAGGGUCGAAUUAGUUAGAAUUGAUAUUUUUCCCGUUCAAAAAGUGCAGCGCAACGAGCGAACUUUUCCCGCCAAAACUCAAUUAACGUAUUUGCGAGGACCGCGCAUGCGUGAGAGCUGGUUUGAGCACUUGCAGAGAGACCACCUGUACCAAUGACUUCUUUGUCAGAUCCAGUCAGCUCUCACGCAU